UGUGGCUGUGAAUCGUCGGUAGCUGAAGGUCCGGACGCUGGACUGUGAAGGUGUUUUAACCAAAACCCUCCUGUGAACAACCUCGUGUUGAAUCUUGCACGAACUGAAGGACACAUGGUCAUUCUCUGUCCUCAGGUGAUGUUGAGGAGUGUGUUCAGGAGCCUGAGGACCAACACUGUCUCUGCCCAGAGAAGCAUGUCUCAAAGCAGCCUUGCUGGAAGGGUGGCCAUAGUCACUGCCUCCACAGAUGGAAUUGGUCUGGCUGCAGCGGAGGCUCUGGGAAAGCGAGGAGCCCACGUGGUGGUGAGCAGCCGGCGACAGGCCAACGUGGACAAGGCUGUGGCGUUGCUGCAGAGCCAGAGCAUCCAGGUGACAGGCACCACCUGCAACGUCGGCAAAGGAGAAGACAGAGAGAAACUGGUUCAAAUGACUCUGGAGAAGUGUGGGGGGAUCGACAUCCUGGUCUCCAACGCAGCGGUCAACCCUUUCUUUGGAAACAUCAUGGACUCCACAGAGGAGGUCUGGGACAAGAUUCUGUCUAUAAAUGUGAAAUCGGCCUUUCUCAUGACCAAGUUGGUGGUGCCUCAUAUGGAGAAAAGGGGAGGUGGAAAUGUCGUGUUUGUGUCUUCUGUGGCUGGAUACCAACCAAUGCAGGCGCUGGGUCCGUACAGCGUCAGUAAAACAGCCUUGUUGGGUCUGACCCGGGCGCUGGCCCCUGAGCUGGCUCAGAGCAACAUAAGAGUCAACUGUGUGGCCCCUGGAGUCAUCAAGACCCGCUUCAGCUCUGCAUUGUGGAAAAAUGACGACAUCGUGGACGAGUUCAAAAAGCAGCUCAGCAUCAAAAGAAUUGGAGAGCCAAGUGAAAUUGGCGGUGUGAUCGCCUUCCUGUGCUCUGACGAGGCUUCCUACAUCACCGGAGAGACCGUCACAGUGACCGGAGGGAUGAGCUGUCGACUCUGAGCCUGCAGCUGCAACACUAAUGUGCACUUAGUUCUUGUCUCUGUGUUGAUUAUGUUUUUUUUUUUUUUGAUUACUGCCACAUCAACCUGUUAGUGAAGAUUCUGCAUCGUAUUCUUAAUGUUCUGUGAUUAAGAUUUUUAAUCAAGACGUGACAGUUUCAACAAAUGAUGCAUGAUGACUCUGUAAUUGCUGCUACAAUUAAUUGAACCUUUGCAGUAUAUUUGAUAAACCUUUAUUCAAUUUGUAAAUAAAUGAGACAAUUUACAGCCAUUUCAUCAUUCAUUUUACACCUAACGCUAACAGAUAGAGUCACAGUGAAUGACGUGCAACAUAAUGUACAAAGACACAUUUUUCUAAUUUCAAAAACCUUCAUUAGCAUGUGUGAAAU